AUCGUUGAGAUCCAAUUCGAACCGAUUUGGAGGAGCCAUUUUCUCUGCCCGCCGGACGAUCCGCUUGCCGCCGCCUGUCGUCAAUUUCGCCUGUUCGCCGAUUUGAUGCUUCUGCUGUGGCUAUAAACUUCUUUCUUCUUUCUCUGUGCCUAUCGUCACUUCUUCUUCUUCCCUUUGCUUCUCAUCAAAUCCUCUGGAAAUUUAGGGUACGCAAGAAAAUAUUCCCUAUGGCUAUCGAGGAAGAUGGACUGAAGAAGCUUGAGUACUUGUCUCUCGUUUCCAAGGUAUGCACUGAGCUAGAAUCCCACACCGGCACCGGCGAUAAAGUCCUCGCUGAGUUUAUUACAGAGUUGGGUCGGAAUUCUGAGAAUGUGGAGGAAUUUGAUGCCAAAUUAAAGGAGAAUGGAGCGGAGAUGCCGGAUUAUUUUGUCAAAACACUUCUGACUAUCAUACAUGCCAUUCUUCCUCCCAGGCCCAAGUCGGAGAAGGAAUCGAGUAAAGAUAGCGCCGCCGAUGGAAGCAAUACCAAGUUUAAGGCCCUAGCCAUUGCGGACGAUAGGAAUCGAGCAAAAGAACUCGAGAAGGAAUUAGAGAUGGAGGCUAGACAAAACCAUGGAGAGAGGGAACGGGAAGACGAGGAUAAAUACAGAAGUAGAGACAGAGAUAGGAGAGACAGGCGUAGGGAUAGGUACGAAAGAGAGGAGAGGCAUAGAGAAAGAGACAGAGACAGAGACUAUGAAUAUGAGGAUGAGAGAAGGGAUUACCGAAGUAACGGAAGACAUGGGGACAGACACGAGAGGCGUAGGAGAGAUGGGCAUGAAGAGAAUCGAUAUGGAAAGGAGAACGGUGAUGAAGAUAGAGACAGGAAAUCUCAUAGAGAUCGAAGGUACGGCUCUAAUGAACCAGAAUUGUAUAUGGUUUAUAAAGGUAGAGUGUCAAGGGUUAUGGAUACAGGAUGCUUUGUUCAGUUAGAUGAUUUUAGAGGAAAGGAGGGUUUAGUACACGUUUCCCAGAUGGCAACACGAAGAAUUAGUAAUGCUAAGGACGUUGUGAAGAGGGACCAGGAGGUUUACGUGAAGCUAAUAUCAAUUUCUGGUCAGAAGUUGAGUCUGUCAAUGAGAGAUGUUGAUCAGCACACUGGGAAGGAUCUUCUUCCUUUGAAGAAGAGCUCGGAUGAUGAUGCUUUCCGAAUGAAUCCUCAAGAUUCAAAGGAGGGACCAGUAACCAGGACAGGUCUUUCGGGGAUAAAGAUUGUGGAAGAGGAUGAUUAUGUUGGUUCUUCACGCAGACCUUUAAAGAGAAUGAGCUCUCCUGAGAAAUGGGAAGCAAAGCAGUUAAUUGCUUCAGGUGUUUUAAGUGUUACAGAGUAUCCAACUUAUGAUGAGGAGGGAGAUGGAGUGCUAUACCAAGAGGAAGGAGCCGAAGAAGAACUUGAGAUCGAAAUGAAUGAGGACGAACCUGCUUUUCUGCAUGGGCAGAGUAGGUAUUCAAUGGACAUGUCACCUGUUAAGAUCUUCAAGAAUCCUGAAGGUUCCCUAAGUCGUGCUGCUGCCCUACAGUCUGCACUUAUAAAGGAGCGCAGAGAAGUACGAGAACAACAACAACGCACAAUGCUUGAUUCUAUUCCGAAGGAUCUCAAUCGUCCUUGGGAAGACCCCAUGCCAGAGUCAGGUGAACGACAUCUGGCACAGGAGCUUAGGGGUGUUGGUUUAUCAGCCUAUGACAUGCCUGAAUGGAAGAAGGAUGCUUAUGGGAAGACCAUCACUUUUGGACAAAGAUCAAAGCUCUCCAUUCAGGAACAGAGGCAGAGCCUACCAAUCUACAAAUUAAAGAAAGAGCUGAUUCAAGCUGUGCAUGACAAUCAGGUUCUGGUGGUGAUUGGUGAGACAGGUUCAGGUAAAACAACUCAAGUCACACAGUAUCUCGCUGAAGCUGGUUACACUACAAGAGGUAAAAUUGGAUGCACUCAGCCUCGUAGGGUGGCUGCUAUGUCAGUGGCAAAACGAGUUGCUGAAGAGUUUGGUUGUCGAUUAGGUGAGGAAGUUGGUUAUGCCAUUCGAUUUGAGGAUUGCACUGGACCAGAUACUGUGAUCAAGUACAUGACAGAUGGCAUGCUUCUUAGGGAAAUAUUGGUUGACGAGAGUCUGUCACAAUAUUCUGUUAUAAUGCUUGAUGAAGCUCAUGAAAGAACUAUUCAUACUGAUGUUCUUUUUGGACUAUUGAAGCAGCUGGUGAAACGUAGACCUGACUUGCGAUUGAUUGUCACAUCAGCUACACUAGAUGCUGAGAAAUUUUCAGGGCAUUUCUUUAACUGUAACAUUUUUACAAUUCCUGGGAGGACUUUUCCUGUGGAGAUACUUUAUACCAAGCAACCAGAAAGUGAUUAUUUAGAUGCAGCCUUAAUCACUGUCCUACAGAUUCAUUUGACGGAACCAGAAGGAGACGUCCUUCUCUUCUUGACUGGUCAAGAGGAAAUUGAUUUUGCAUGUCAGUCUCUUUACGAGAGAAUGAAAGGAUUAGGUAAGAAUGUUCCUGAAUUGAUUAUUCUGCCUGUCUAUAGCGCUCUUCCUAGUGAAAUGCAGUCUAGGAUAUUUGAUCCCGCGCCCCCAGGCAAAAGAAAAGUGGUUGUGGCAACUAAUAUUGCUGAGGCUUCUUUGACAAUUGAUGGUAUUUUUUAUGUAAUUGACCCUGGAUUUGCUAAGCAAAAUGUAUACAACCCAAAACAAGGACUUGAUUCUUUGGUGAUAACUCCAAUUUCACAAGCAUCAGCCAAACAAAGAGCUGGGCGUGCAGGGCGUACUGGGCCUGGUAAAUGUUACCGCCUCUAUACUGAGGCAGCAUAUAGAAAUGAGAUGUCUCCUACUACUAUUCCAGAAAUUCAAAGGAUAAAUCUUGGGACAACUACUCUUACGAUGAAAGCUAUGGGUAUAAAUGAUCUUCUGUCCUUUGAUUUUAUGGAUCCUCCUUCACCCCAGGCUCUCAUUUCAGCCAUGGAACAGCUGUAUAGCCUUGGGGCACUGGAUGAAGAGGGCCUUUUAACUAAAUUAGGAAGGAAAAUGGCAGAAUUUCCUCUAGAUCCACCAUUGUCCAAGAUGCUACUUGCCAGUGUGGACCUUGGUUGUAGUGAUGAGAUACUGACCAUAAUUGCCAUGAUUCAAACUGGCAAUAUUUUUUACAGGCCUAGGGAAAAACAAGCCCAAGCUGAUCAGAAGAGGGCAAAGUUUUUCCAGCCUGAGGGUGACCAUCUUACUCUACUUGCUGUGUAUGAGGCUUGGAAAGCUAAAAAUUUUUCUGGACCCUGGUGUUUUGAGAAUUUUGUUCAAUCUCGAUCUUUGAGAAGGGCACAGGACGUCAGGAAACAGCUUCUCACCAUUAUGGAUAAGUACAAAUUAGAUGUUGUAAGUGCUGGAAAAAACUUCACUAAGAUCAGGAAGGCUAUUACUGCGGGAUUUUUCUUUCAUGCGGCUAGAAAGGACCCUCAAGAAGGUUACAGAACCCUCGUCGAGAACCAGCCUGUAUAUAUUCAUCCCAGUUCAGCUUUGUUCCAGAGACAGCCAGAUUGGGUCAUCUACCAUGAGCUUGUGAUGACAACAAAAGAAUAUAUGCGUGAGGUCACUGUCAUAGAUCCCAAAUGGCUAGUUGAAUUGGCUCCAAGAUUCUUCAAAGUGGCAGAUCCUACAAAAAUGAGCAAGCGGAAGAGACAAGAGCGUAUAGAGCCACUUUAUGACAGAUACCAUGAGCCAAACUCGUGGCGUUUGAGCAAACGCCGUGCUUGAUUUAUUUCUUUUCUUUUUCUUUCAGAAGCUAUAUCUAGGGUGCAAUCUGAUGCUGCAUCUUGUUUAAAAUGUAAUUACAUGAUAAUUUUGAAUGUAUUAGUAGGGAAUCUUAGCUGGUAAUGACAUAUUUUAGACUUUAUUUCA